CUUAAAUUGAAGCGACUCGGCCAAUGAAACAUUUCGUUAUAUAUCUGAUAAGGCAGGUGUUGCAAAAUGGAUGACCCCAUCUAUUCGAAUGAAAGCAUCGAGCUUUUAAUGAAAUACGAAUCGAAUAAUUGCCCCCAAUUGCUGCAUAAGCUAGUGGAUGGUAUCUGUCACCGCACAAAGCCCAAGUAUGAUGACUACUCAAAGGUAUGGAGCCUUCAGGAAUGGUGGAGCCUGGCUGAUGCAUACACAGAACUGUACAGGCAGGCAGUCAAACACUGUUGGAGUAAAGAUCAGUUGUUGAGUGAGCUCAGUGGGAUCAGGGAAGAGUACCAGUCUGUUGUAUGUGAUGUAUUGACAAGCCGGGAAAAAGACAUACGGAACCAACUUCUCCUAGACAGCCAUGCCAUCUCACACGCAACUAUGACAGACUUCGACUGGAAACUUAAGUUGGUGAUGGGGAGUGAUAAGUUAUCAACUGUGCAUGAGCCGCUACUCUCUGUUGACCUCGAUGUACAGAUGACAGACGGACGGAAAACUGUUUCCAUGGAGCUCAACAGAGAACAACUGUCGGGGCUUAUUAGCAGUCUUGAGGCAGCCAACAAGGCUCUUCUACAGCUGAAAUCAUAAAGCUUUAUAGAAAAACUUAAGAUACUCCAGCUGGGAUUGACCAAGGCAAGCUGUGAUAUUGUGCCAAAUAUUCCUAUUCACGAACACUCGACCAUGUGCAAUAUGUGCCCAUACUUAAUCAUUGUAGUGUUUAUUAUUUUAGUAUAAACAUGUUUAUGUAAUAUUAGUGAUAUAUAAAUUUGUAAUAAAGGUGAUAUAUAAAUUAAAUGUCGUCUUUAGA